AUGAUCGAUCCAGUAACGAGUAAUUCAUCGGAAUAUGAGAUAACUGAAACAGAUGAACGAUAUAUAUUUAUAUAUGAACUUAUUCAAGAUCUUUUCUCCGGACGAAAGCUAGCAUAUAAUGUUUUAGUUUCUUUUUGUGCAAAAUUUAAAAAAAAACUUGUUUUCAAUGAAACAACAUCGAAUUAUAAUUAUGCAAAUUAUGUUUCAAUUGAUAAUAUUAUUUUUCCACAAGGAAUAGCGAAAAAUAAAAAAGAUGCUCGAACUGCUGCAUCAAGACAUGCCAUGGCUUGUUUACUUGAUAUUAAUGAAGAACAACUUAAUCCACAGUAUCUUGGUCAAAAUCAGAUAUUAAUUGAUCGUCAUGGUCAUACACUUAUAGAUAAUCAUCAACUAACAGAUAGUCAUUGUUUAGAUAAAAAACAAAUAGCUGAUUAUGUUCACAAAUUAAUUCUUCUCGGACAAGAUGAAGAUCUGUUAAAAUCAAAAGGUAGUAGUACUGGAAUUCAACAACGAACUAAUAGUAGUCAUAAAAAUAAUUCAUCAUCACAAUCAACAGCAAUGAAACGACUUGCUGAUUAUUGUAAACAACAUUCAGUUAUAGCUGAUAUUGUAAUGGAUAUAGAUGAACAAGUGAAUUCACAUUCAAAUAAAUGUCAUUUUGCGAAAGUUUAUUUUGGUUUACAAAAAACAAUCAUUGCAACGGCUCAUGGUGCAACAGCAUUCGAAGCAAAAUCAAAAGCAGCUGAUCGUGCUAUGAUUGUUUUAUGUAAUCGAACAACCAAAUUAGAAUCUCUACAAUUAAAUAAUACAUCUCCAAUAUCUUCAUCACUUUUUGAUCAACAUUGUCAAUUAGUUAUUGAUUUUAUUCAAUAUAACCGUGAUCAAAAUAGUUCAUCUAUUUUUAAUACAUUAAAACAUCGAUUCUAUGCAGCAUUUAUUAUUAAAAAAAGUCAAAGUGAUACAGGAAAAGUAAUAGCGUUUGGUGUGGGUAGUCGAUGUGCAGUACCGGAUAAUAUUGAUGAUGAUGGUUGUGCAUUACUUGAUUGCCAUGCAUUAGCAAUGGCAAGACGAGCAUUAUUACAAUAUUUCUAUGGUGAACUUCAUCAAUUAGCUCAUGGUUCAUCACCAAUUCGAAAUAUUUUUGUUGAUCCACAUGGUGGAAAAUUACAUUUACGUAAUAAUGUAUCCAUUCAUUUAGUUUUAUCUGAUGCACCAAAUGGUGAUGCUAAAGAAUUUCUUCCAUCAGAUACAAAUAAUUAUUUAAAUGCAUAUGAUACUGUUCAAUUAAAAAUGGCAGCACAUGCACCAGUAUAUGAAACUCAUGAACAAGGUCAGCUAAGAUAUAAAUAUUUAGAAGGAACUGAAACCAUGGCUGCUACACAUCGACAACAAUUUGGUAUGAUGUCAUGCAGUGAUAAAAUUCUUAAAUGGAAUGUUUUGGGCAUACAAGGUGCUUUACUUUCAACACUUAUUGAACCUAUUAAAAUCUCUUCAAUUACACACAUGUGUGGUUUCAAACAGCAACAUACAUCACGUGCAUAUUGUUGUCGUUUAAAUAAAGCUUCAUCGACACUUAUUAUUCAUCAUCCACAAAUUGGUCGAGCAAAAACUGCUAUUAUUUCAUUAAAUGAUCUUGCACAUGAUGUAAGUUAUUCGUGGUCAGAUGCAUAUAACGGUGAAUUAAUUGAUGCAUCAACGGGUCGUCCUGUAUCAGGUAAUAUUAGUGUUAUAUCAAAAGCAACGUUACUUAGUGAAUUUAAACAGUUGUGUUUAAAAAUGUGCCAUCCAUGUAAUGUACAUGUGACAUAUAAUGAAUUAAAAAAAUUAAAUAAAGAAUAUUUUAAACAAAAACAAGCAAUGAUUUCAUUUCUUGAACAAGCUAAUUUUGGUUAUUGGUCAGAAGAUAAAAUUCAUCUUGAACAAUUUAAAUAUUCAUCGAAUAUUUUACCUAUUAUUCGAAAAUAA